UCAAGCGUGUGGUGUUUUCAAAACAUGCUCAAUCCGUAUCUAUUUUUCCCUGUGCCCUUUCUUUGUUUUGUUGUAUCGUAGGGCUUCGUUGUGAUUUUUUCAAUAAUGACGAAGGACAAACGGGUAGGUGCGCAAUUAAUGUGUUGAUUUCACAACCUACGAUUAGUGAAUAGUUUAGCUAGACUGUUUUAUAAUUGUGAGUGAAGGUAUGAUGAUGUGAUGUUCUAUUCCUACCAAAUACCGUGCGUGAUAAAUGCAGAAAUGUGCGCUUGGUCAUCGUUUAAUCCAUCUUGUGCACGGUAGAUCGACUAUAGAGCUUUGUGUGUGAGUCGUACUAAGUCAAGAGUAGUUUGGCAAUUCAAAUAAUCUCUGGCACACGUUUGAGCCACUGCUCGGUCCAACAAUGGAAGCCGUGAAGCCCAGGACGAAGAAAAAAACUAGCAGCAAAAAGAGUGUAAUAAAAUCAACUGCUGCCAAGGCCGAGGAAGUGCAAGAAACUGUUACCGAACCAACAGUUAUACCAACAGCACUAGCACCAACAUCGCCAUCAGAGGAGCAAACGGCAUACGAAGAAGUGGAAGAAGCGACCUUUAGCAACGAUCCAGAACAAUCGAUUGAACCCUCAGCGGUGGAAGAAACUCAAUCAUAUCAAUCACAAGAAGCAAAUGAAGAUAGCCGAACGAAGGAAGAAAUGGGUGGCGAUUUUGCUCCCACUGCUCCGCCCUGCAGUGCUCCAGCCGUUCCAAACCUGUCCACCACCAUGCUCUAUCCCGAUUUGAGCCAACUAAAGCUGGAAGCGAGCGACGGCGUCCAAACGUUAGCACGUCCUUCAACCACCAGCGCGCAACCAAUCGAACGGCCCUGCAUUAGUGCACCGCGAACCCGCACACUCUACCUGCAAUGCAUCCAGCAGAUGGAGGAUACCGCCCUACAGACCGACCGGGCGCAUCUGGACGCGAUGGAGCAGCAGUUCGUCCGGUCCGAAAGCCCGCACGGCGUGGCGAAGGAUCCGGGUGGGUACGAUGACGACCUGCACAUAAGCAUACAGACGUAUCGGGCCGGCUACCACGGCUACGGCGAGGUCGUGCGGGAGCGCAAGGUGGCCCACCAGCAAAUAGCCAGCCUGCAGGGUAGAUGCUGGGACUUCCAACAGGUAAAGUUCAGUGCGACGGGCCGGUGCGACGACGAGCGGACGGUGAGUGUGUCGCUGAAAAGCAGAGUCGCCUCGCUGAACGUAGAACGGUUUAAGGAGGCGAAGGGUACCAUGUCCUCGCUGCUGGAUCGCUGUCUGACGAAGGAGAAGGAAGCACUGAUACACCUGCUCCACACUCGCUCGAUGGUGGAGAAGAAGGUCUCGGACCCGCCGAAGGCCGGCCAAAAUCCAACCGUGGCGCUACGCCACAAGCUACGCAUCAUUGGCAAUGCGCUGCGCAUGGAAGCGUCCGGUAGCGGGUGCGACGAGGGCGAACGAUGCGAGUACGUGCAGGAUUUGCGCAAGUGGUUUGUGCACGUCGGCACCAACCUGUUGGGCGCGGGCAACGUGCACGACCGGGUCUGGCUGAUGUUUCAUUUGCUGCGCUUUCCCAGCGGUAUCGGCACGUGGGCACACGUGCUGGUACAUCCGCUACCGGUCGGAGGUAAAGAAUCGAGCCCCGAUCUGCUGGACGGUGAGCUGCAGGCCAUUCUUACCCUGACGCACGUGCUGCUGCGUCCCAUCCUCGAGCGCCAAACAUUCCUAACGCCGCUGGAGGAAGCGGAGGGCCGUACCGCUCAAGAGAAGAUGCCGGUUAGAGAGGCGGGUGGCAGUGGGUCGAAAGCGGCCGACAACUUCGAAUGGGUCGAUAGCGACGGGGAGGAAAGCUCGCCGGACAAGCGGGUGCGGCCGAUUAAGGAAAGCGAUCUGCUCGCACUGCUUGACCAGAUACCGUUCCAGCGGCUGUUUGGUACGAUUACGUCACGCGCGAUUCGCCGCGUGGUGAGCGGAGACGUGCGGCAGCUGCCCACCACCGAAAUGCUGUGGCUAGUCACGCUCGCCAACCGGCUGGUAGCCGUACUCGGCGAGGGAUUGUCGACGUACGGUCGGAUCGCCAGAUACAGCCACUUUGCGCAACGUUUGGCGCUGCUCAUCAACGAUACGGUCAAGUUCGCGGGUGACGUGCUGCGCUACUAUCGCGACACACACGGGCCGCAUACGUCCGAGGAGGUGGAGCUGGUGCAGGUACACUUCGAUACGCUCGUGUACGGUGCGGCCCGUUGCAUCUACGCAGCAGGCGUGGCCCUGGCCCGGCACCUUUCGACGCUGCCCUUCGCGUUGCUCAGCUCGCGCGCUUGCUGGUGGAUGCUGCGUUGCCUUGUGCAGCGCGACUUUACGCUUGGGCCAGACUUCGAGCAUGAAAGUAAGCCACCCGUCCCGCACAAUGCCACCGCUACGGACCAGUUCAGCAAAGCGUUGCUCGGCCAGGAGGCAGCGCACAAUCUGUACAACGUGCUGAAACCAUUCGUCGAUCUUGCACUCGCACGGGAUCCAUCCAGCGAUAAGGAGUUCAUCUGCACAAUCACGAAAACACUGUUUGAGGUGCUGGUUGCUGUCGAUGCGGCCGAACUCGUCUGUGCCGAGCUCAUAAUCGAGCAGAUUCAUACGAUCGUGGAGAAAAAUGUGUUUGUGCUUUCGGUAAUGCUACAAACGCUAGCGGCGGACGGCACGGCUAACCCUCAGCCCACCGCCGAUGCUUGGCAGGCAAAGGGGAGCAGACUGCUGGACGUAUUCAGUAGCAAAAGGAAGUUGGUUAUGCUGUGGGAUCCAACUGAAUCAGAUGUAAACGUGAUGCUGGAGCUGCUGCUAAGUUAUUCCAGAGCGCACGUGUACCACAAGCUAGCGCUGGGGCUGUUAAUGUACAUCAAUUAUGGGGAAAUAAGUGGGUUGAAUGUGCCAAAGGCGCUACAAAACCGCGUAGCGUACAGCGUCGUGGCGGCGUUUCGCAAAAAUCAAUCUCCGGUCAAAGCAAACUCCGACGCUACGGAGCAAAGCGAAUAUGAAAACUACCAGGAGCGUUGCCUGUUUGUGCUGCUGCAGCUGCGAUUGCACGCACUCGACCAGCCGCUGCCCAUCGUGCAGCAGAUCUUGCAAGAUCCCUCCAGUGUGGAGGUGCGCAAUGUGCCCGCUCUCGAGCAGCUAGCGGACGUGAAGGCAGCGGUUGACGAACGGUGCCCGGUUGCGUGUCUGGCCGCGAUGCUUACCACCACCAUCGGACACUGGGUGCCCGUCUUCUGCCAGGACGGCGUGAACUUGUUGCAGCUGCUGCUAGAUCACCACCUCGACACGGUUGUGGUGCGCUGCCUGGAGCUGAUCAGUCUGCUGUUUACCGAGUGUUCCCAUGCGCUGCUGGGUAGCGAGCGAUUCGCCGACCUGCUGACACAGCUGGUGCAGGAUGACGUUGAGCUAGUUUGGACGCCGCCGAAGCCUUCCACCAGCACGAUCGAUCCGCAACAGAGCGAACAGAUGCUCGCACUGAAACUGCUUGAUCAGGCGAAGGUGGGCAAACUGGGCACGAUGCUGGUGUCGCAAGCGGUUUCGCACUGGCGCUGUGGCUACGCAACGCCGGCGGCGUUAGUCGGCAUGUGGUGCGACUGGUUGACGCAAAUAUCCAGCUGGACGAACAGUGCCAAGGUGCUGCGUUUGCUGAACGUGCUCGCCUCGGUUUCGUUCGGCCACGCGGAAGCCUGGAAGGCGUUGCGCGAUAAGCUGGCUCCAUUUUUCAAGUCCUUCGCGCAGGUGAAACAAAAGCAACCGGGCAUACACUCGCUCUGGUCUAAGAUAAUCGGUACCGAGCCGCCGCUGCUGUACGGCACCCUGCCAAACGAUUGCGUGGCCCUGGCGCUGCUUGUGUUCGAGCUCGAGCACCGACAGCUCGAACUGGACACCGAACUCUGGCCCAGACUGCUGCGUGCACUCAAGCGGAAGGAAUCGCUCAAGCUGGACGCGGCACUGCGCGACGUGAGCGGAGGCCUGCGCACGCGCGAGGAAGACUUUUGUCCUGCGGCCGAUUCGCUGGUCUACUGCAAGCUGGCCCGCUUUCUGGUGAGCGUCAGCGUGGAGCAUCCACUGUGUCUGGCCGUCUGGCAGCAGUUUUUCGCCGCCCUGCUGACGCGCGUCACGGACGUGGGCGACCCGGUGCACGGUGUGUCGGAUCGACUGUACGGCGCGGACACCGGUCUGAUGGAAAAGGUGAAACAGACGCUGUGCCGUCUCGAGCUGCACUACCAUAGCGCGCAAGAGACGAACAAACCCGCGGUGGAAAUGUUGCGUCUCGUCAAAGCGUUCCAGCUGUGGUUGCUGGACCCGGACCUGAAUCGCAUCGCGAUGGACGAUCCGAUCAAUCUACCAGUGCAGUACGCCGUUCCCCAUCUGCAGGCGACUCUGCAGGGCGUGCAGGAAUGUUGGCCCGAGUGCGUCAACCAGCCGGCCCUCGUCACGCUGCACCGUCUGAUGGUGGAGCGCUGGUACGCGCUUUACCGCGUCCAUCCGGCCCAACCGCUAAAGGCCCAACUGUCGGAAGGGACUGCUGCCGGCAAACCGGCGCUUACGCCAGUCGAGGCCAUCCAGCGCCGGCUAGCAAACGCGUACACCGAUCCACUCCCAGUGCCGGUGGUCGAGGUGCGCGGCGAGCAGCAGGAUUUGCGCGACGCACUGGCGAAACCGGCGGCGGUACGAGUCAGGCGCAUCACCGAGAGCCUGCGGAUCGUGCGGCAGCACAUCGACAAAACGUACUGGACGACGAAAGCCGAGCUGGAGCAGCGCCGGGACGAGCUGUUCGAGCUGUACCGGCAGCUGUACGUCAACGAGGACAGGCAGCUGGUGAAGCAGGCCAAGUGUAGCGUGCUGUACUGUGCCGGUGCCGCCACGGUCAAGGUGCACACGAAGUGUGCCACGCUGGACAAGACCGUGCAGGAGCGCAUCGACGCACGGUUGCGCGGGCUGGAAGCGUUCCUGCAGAUGGCGAUCAACAUUCCACCGUACAUCGUCCACCACACCAUCUUGCUGCGCGAGCUGUGGAACAGUCUGUUCGUCGACUACUGCGCCGAGACGGACCAGACCGCGGUGCAGUCGCUGAAUGCCAUCAUCCGGACGAUGCUGCGCACGCUGCUGCACGAGGUGUCCGAUGCGAACUUCGUGCCGCCGCUUACAUUCGCCGUUCGGCUAAGCCUCGAGACGUACCGGAGCGAACUGUCGAAGCUUAUGUUCGAGGAGGUCGGGCAGCUGUUUGCGGACGCGCUCGAGACAGGACACAAACCGUCCAGCGUGAUCGUUGCCCUGCUAGAGGACGGGCGCAUUCCGUGCCGGCCGCUGCUGCAGGUGUACGGCCAGCUGGUGAAGCAGAAAACCGGCAGCCUGGAGCGGACCCUGUUUGUGGACAUGUUCGGCAGCAAGCUCGACCUGUCGCGGUGGCUAAAGGAGCAUGACGUCGCGCCGGACGAGCUCGACCAGUUUGCCAAGCUGAUAGUGAUCGGACUGUACAAAGCGCGGCCCGCGGAUACCGUCAGCCCGGUGCGAUCGGACGAGCAAGCCGAGCAGGAUGAAAAGUUUGCAGACAUCCUAAUUUCGCACCUGGUAACGUUGGCGAGCAGCAAAUUUCCCGACAACUUUGGCAAACUGCUGCAGCACACGAUCAACGCGUACUCGCAAUGGCCCACGCUGCCGCCGGUGAUGCUGCUACGGUUGCUGAACGUGCUGCGUUCGCGGGCCCACCAUCUGCCCGAUCUGUGCCUGGGCAUGGCGGAGGACGCACUGCACCAGGCCCAUCGCCAGUUUGCCGAAGCGAACUGCACCGAGCCGGUGCUGGGGCCGGAACUGUUGCACCAUCUGCUGGUGGCCGUGACCGAGCACUUUGUGCGCCAGCGCGAUGGCGCUUACCCAUGGAACGGCAUGUACAGGCGGCACGGCGCGUACAUCGAGGUGCUGGGAAUGCUGCUGGGCAUGUUUGCCCACAGCCUGCUUGCCGCCGGCAUGCGUGACAAUCGCAUCGGAUGCGUGCACGACAACCUGCUGCCCACCGUGUAUCGCAUGUUUGAGCCGUGGAUCGUACCGUACGGUGCGGACGUCCAUGCACACGCCCGGCCCGGUGGAUACUCGCCGUCCACACCGUACGGCAGGACGACCAUGGCGCCCGUGAUCGACACAGCGCGACACUGCAACAACGAUAAGGCCAAGUGGAUGUUCGGCGUGCUGCUGCACUGCGUCGAGUACGCAAUCGAGCAGGUGCGCGAAGCGUACGCCGACACCGACCAUUGCAGCCAGAUACUGCUGUACUUCCUUCACUGGUACCUGGAAUGGUUCGUCGAUCCGCGCAUCAUGAUUUCGGCCCUGUACGUGUACAACACGCUCGUGCUCGAUCUGCCCUGGGAGCGGCUGCUGCCGUCGGAGCUGCUGCUCGAGCGUAUGCACGCCAUGCUGGAGCACCACAGCCCCGAGUGCCACGAGCUGCUGGCGUGCGUGUUCGUGCGUUGCCGCUGGUUCGGCGAACCGUUCGAUCCCCUGCCCGGCUGGAUACGGCGCACGCACGCCCCUACGCUCGCGAUCUGCGUACGGCUAGCGUACGAGCCGGUGGUACGGUCGGAGGAGCAAACGCGCACGGCCAUGGUGCGGCUGCUGCACCACUUUGCCCGCCUCGUGUGGAUGCCGAUGCACGUUGCCGAGCUGACGCCAGCACUGGACUGGUUCGUAAUGACCGCGGAAGCAGGCUUUCUGCUGCGCGAGCCGAAGGUGCCGCACCGCGACCUGGACGAUGCGCUCAUGCUCUUGCUUGAAAUCGUGACGGGAAUGCGGUGCAACGAAGCGAACCAGCUCGUGCCGGGCGGCAUGUAUCUGUUGAAGCGCAAGCUGUACAUCGGCGUCGUCGUGCGGAUGCUCAUGAAUGCCGGCCGGGCGGCAAGCAAGGUGGCGAACGGGAAGCCCCAGCUGACCGCGGCCGUACAGCGGCUGGUUGCGUCGAUAGCGGAUGUACUGGCACAAUUGCCGGACGCGUGCGGCACCGGCUGCUCGCACUGUCCCCGGCUGCUCGAGGCGCGCGCCUUGAUGACUGAGCUGCUGACCAGUGUCAAAAAGUGGCAAACCGAAAAUACGCUAAGUUUAUUUGUAGAUGAGCUUAUACGCCUACUGGACAGCGAUGUCAACUCGCAGCUGCUGACUCAGUGCGUGCUCGAGUCGGCCAACUUGCUGGACAGCCAGACCGUGCCUUGGAUGCGGCUGAUGGAGUCCGCCCUGAGCCACUAUCUCUGCGACCGGUCGGCCGAAAAUGGAAGUCUCGCACUUCCGUCAAAACCGGCAUGGCUGCAAGCGCUUAACAUUGUCGGUUACACGGCAAUCUCUCAGUGGCAAUACGAGCUGCUGGCACAGCACUGUCUACCACUGUGCCUAGAGCUUCAUUUCCUCCAUCACUGGCACGUUUCGCGAGGCGAUCCGGCAGCCCAGCUCGGUUUGGUCGAACAACUGCUCGCCACUCUACCGGUGCUCAAGAUCAGCGAACCGAUCGAAUAUCGGCUGUACCCGCUCUGGUAUACCCUAGCGUACGCCCUGCUUACCGUGCGACCAGAACCACACGCGGCCAUCCGCAGCACUAUCGCCCAGUUCGGCACGGUUAGCGAGAGCAGCUCAUUCUGGGUGGUGGGGAUGUUGAAGAAAAUCCUCGGCAAGGAGAGAACGGCCACCGAGCGGGUGAGCGCGUCCCGGUGUUUGGUCGCGUACGCGUUCGCUGUGCUGCUGGCGCACGCUUACGCUGCUCGCCGAACCGGGCAGGACGCAGCACAGUUGCCAGAAUCGGACGACUACAGCGAGGCGACCGAACCAUUCACACUCGCGAAGCUGCUGAGCGCACCGGAGAAGCGAGUGUCCAGGGACAGAAUUGCGUCGGCGGCGAUGGAAAAUUUGAAGUCCGUUUGUGGUGCAUCGGCGCCGAAAGAGUAUCAGGUCCGAAUCCAAACGAUCGUAGACACGACCGGGGUGGACGUAGAACCGCGCCAAAUCUUGCAGCAGGCCAAAGACAUUAUCGUAUCACUAGACGGUAGGGCAGAACCGUUUCUGAGCACGCUAGAGGAGGCUAUCGUUGCUCAGCGUUAGUAACUAAGGUGUGGAUUUUUUGUUGAGUAAAGGAAAACGGGAAGUUUGCUUACCUCAUUCCAGUUUAGUUAAUUUGUUAUGUUACCAUAGCAUUACCUUUGGCAUGUUCGAGGAAAUGUGCAAUCAUUGAUCGUUACAAGCUUAAGUUUUUGCGCUAGGAAUGUUUAGGAUUUCUUUCUUCAUAUUAUAUCAAGGACAACUAUAUACUCAGCAGUGUGUUAGCAAAAACGUCGACUCACUUGGUAGUCGAGUGGUUUUGAAAGUUAAAUUUAAAUUUUAUUUUUAGUAAGUUCCAGGUAGGCGUUCUAGCGCCUUGAAUAUAACCAGAGUACAGAAUGUGUUCAGAUCAUAAGAACACAUUCCUCAGAAUUACAGCUUCAGUUUCCUUUUUCACUUUUUGUUGCUGUCAAAACUAUCUUGUUUGUUAUAGAACAUGUUCCUCAAAUCGCUUCCAGCCUUUUUGCAUCACACUAAAGUAACACACGAACAAAUUGGCUCAACUGCCUUAUUCGACGAUAAGCGAGAAGAACAAAGGUCAUCUAUUCAUUGGCGGUUUUGAGAUCACAUUUACCAUCAUUCACGCUCAGGAUAAACAUUCAACACCUUUCUUUUUUCUUCAAAUCAAUAUUGCUGUGCUAAUGGUUAGAACGAAAUAAGACGUGACUCGUAGAGUUUUGAUAAACAAGUGACUUUAUUAUUAACAGGGCGUUGAGGGUAUUUCCUUGCUUAUGGCUAGAAUGUGGGAGGCUUUCUUUUCCUUAUUAUGCAUGGUCAAAAUAAGAACAUAUGGCAAUCUGUAGGCGAA